GCUACGAUCGUAGACCCGCUACGAACCCUCCCGUUCAUACUACGAAACUUUUCAUACUUUUCUAACAGUAACUUUUGAUUUGCGCGUUCGUUUUAUGUGAGUGUAUGUGUCGGAGAUGUGGCUUUGAUGAUGGCUCCUCUAAGGGUACCCACGGACUUUUUCACUGACGAUAUGACGGAGUUUUUGAACUUCUCCACUCAGAAUCCCCAGCACGAGACCCGGCACCACGGAAGGCACCGGAACCACUCUCACGUGCGAGAGAACCACUCUAAAAACCACAACGUGGUGGAUAUAAUUUCUAAUACGAUCAUGGAGGUGAUGCAUACCAAGUUGGUGCCGGAGAACAGCGUGUUGCCGGACUUGGAGCCAUUGUCGACUCACAUGGAAGGCGCGAUGGACCGUCACUAUCCUUUGCGGAUGAACAUUACGAUGAACAGGUCUGACUUUGGUGUGAUCAACGACGAGUUUAUGUAUAGACACAGUGGUGCGAUGACGGCGGUGUAUUGCGCCGCGUACUUGUUGGUGUUUGUGGUGGGUCUGAUCGGGAACUGCUUCGUGAUCGCGGUGGUGUACCGCUCGCCGCGCAUGAGGACCGUCACCAACUUCUUCAUCGUGAACCUGGCGGUGGCGGACAUCCUGGUGAUCGUCUUCUGCCUGCCAGCGACUCUCGCCUCCAACAUAUUUGUCCCGUGGGUGCUGGGCUGGCUGAUGUGCAAGACGGUGCCGUACGUGCAGGGGCUCUCCGUCGCCGCCUCCGUCUACAGCCUCGUCGCCGUGUCCCUGGACAGAUUCCUUGCCAUCUGGUGGCCGCUGAAGUGUCAAAUCACCAAGCGCCGCGCCAGGCUCAUGAUCGUCUUCAUCUGGAUCUUCGCCAUUCUCGUCACCACGCCCUGGGUGUUCUUCUUCGACCUCGUCGUGGUGUUCGACGACCAGCCCAACGUCAGACUCUGCCUGGACACCUGGCCGAACCCCAUCAGCGAAGUGCUAUACUUCGUCAUUGGUAAUCUCGUGUUUUGCUACAUUCUCCCCAUGAUCCUCAUCUCACUAUGCUACAUCCUCAUCUGGAUCAAAGUCUGGAGAAGAUCCAUUCCGACGGACACGCAAGACGCACAAAUGGAGAGAAUGCAACAAAAAUCUAAAGUUAAGGUUGUCAAAAUGUUGGUGGCUGUUGUCGUUCUCUUCGUAAUAUCUUGGUGUCCGCUGUACGUAAUCUUUGCAAGAAUAAAGCUCGGUGGGCCCAUCCAGAAAUGGGAAGAGGACAUGCUACCAGUCGUCACUCCUCUGGCCCAAUGGCUGGGGUCGUCAAACUCCUGCAUCAAUCCGAUCCUGUACGCGUUCUUCAACAAGAAGUACAGGAAGGGUUUCGUCGCGAUCAUCAAGAGCCGAAAGUGCUGCGGCAGACUGCGGUACUACGAGACCAUCGCGUUGCAGUCGUCGAGCACGUCAACAAGGAAGUCGUGGCACUACAACAACAACAACCACGCCUCGAUCACCCGGAGAUCGCCGCCGAUGGACAAGAACGCGGUGUCGUUCAUUUUCAACCACACCGGCGUUUAGACGGGCGCCCGGCGCUCGUGGGACCGGUUCACUCUCCGCCGCCGCGCGACGACGCAGGCGACGCACCUCAGCAUAUCGACACAUACGACCUUUGUAUGCUUCUAAAGUAUGAUUUUAAGUUUGACAGUUUGAUGUUGUCUUGUGCAAGAACCAAGUUUUUGACCUUCGUGACUUGACAGUAAACCUGUGAAUAUUUUUAAUAGUAAGGUACUUUUAUACGUAAGUUGGUUAUAGUGUUGUAAGGAGAUUUUAUUUUUACACAAUUGUAAUACUGUAAAGCGAUCUGUAAAGAGCCAACGCACAUUGCGCACAAAGCUUUCUAGGAAAUUAUAAUUUUUUGUUUGUAU